AUGCCCACUGGCCCGCCCUGCAAGCGAUGCGUGCACAUGAACAAAGCAUGUACAUUCGAAGAGCCUCCCAGCCAGCGAAAGAGAAGGUCUAUGCCGAAACUUGACGAUAUCGAUCCAUCAAUACUCCCUUUACUUCAUGGUACCGACAACGAUAUAUGGCGUGGAUUUGCAGCCAAUGCCAUGUCGCCAUUGCAAAUGUACAGCGGCGGGAUGUUUUAUGGUUCGCCCGGUUCAAGAAGCGACGAAAACAUGUCACCAAAGGGUCUAGAAAUACCGUCUUUGGAUGAAACUUUUGGACAUCUGCCCGGUCCAUCGGAGUUUGAGAAUAAUCAUCCGCCUCCAGACGCAAAUGAAAGAAUCUCUCCCGCCCGUCGGAUACCUACACGAAAUCCAGUGCACAAUAACCCCUUCGGUCAACAACAUCAGAGCCACGAAACAUCUCUAGAAUUUGUCCCAGAUGCAUUUACAUUCUAUAUUGGCCCCACAGGAGUGUCCGAUGUCCAUUUACUCGACUCACAACCGUACGACGAGAAGAACGUGUCAAGGCUCAAUGUCAAAGGAUUGAGAUAUCGACUCUUGAACCCUAGUUCCCGGGGCGAAAUCGCUCCGUCUACAAUAUUUGGCAUCACAGACCAAUCCUUAUUAGAUAAAGCGGAGCCUAAGGUGGACUAUCAAACAACGGAAUCGGCUUGGUCUGAUUUAUGGCAGGCCCUCGACCCGGUUGCAGCUUGGCACCUAAUCGAUCUCUAUAAUCGCUUCGUCGAUCCAUACUUUCCUAUCAUAUCCCAGGAGCAGAUACCCGAUAGCCCUGAUACUCUCAGCAAUAUGCCGCUGGGGUUGUUAACAGCUAUGUGCGCAACCGCACUUCCGUUUAUUAUGUAUAAUGAAGCGUUAUAUACACUAUUACUACGUCCGCCGUCGAUUCAAGAACUUUAUCGACUUGCCUGGCUAGGCGUCACAUCUGAAUUACACGCACCAUCGUUGACCACGUUGCAAGCUUGCCUUAUUCUAUUACAGCGGCUUCCGACAAACCUAUAUCUUUCAGAUACUGCAUUCACAUGGUCCCUUAUGUCGACUGCGGUAUCGAUAGCUCAAACUAUCGGACUACACAGAGAUCCAUCCGCAUGGCUUUCCGUACCAUCAUGGGAAAGACAACUCCGUCGGCGUCUGUGGUGGGCACUAUGGACCAUGGAAAAAUGGAUCGCUUUGGCGCGUGGCAUGCCUAGCCACUUACACGAAGAUGAUUCGGAUGUUGCUAUGAUUACCAUGGAGGACAUCAACGACACACUUUCUGAACCCUGCGAAAAUCAUGCCCAUCUUCCUCACUUGGUCAGUUUGACGGGUAUCUUGUCCGAUAUCUGUCGUACGUACUACACCGUACGCGCUAGCAAUGUCACUUCAAGUGACCUGCAGUAUUCUCUAGAUGCAGCGAGACUUCUUCGAGCACGCCUGAAAGCAUGGCGCGAUAAUCUACCAGAUACCUUGAGAUUCCGAGAUGCUCGAGGUUCUAAAGACUCUACAGGAUAUCGAGAUAGCACCGAACCCCAUCAAACCUAUCAUGGGCCGCGAGAAGACCUAGAUGGCAAUGGUAGCUUACAUCUCUCGUAUAUUGUUACACACAUGACGCUUUUCCGAGCUCUGCUGCGACCUUUGAACAAAUGGCCUUCUAUCCUCGCUCGGUCUUCACCAGAUCAGGCAAAUGCGAUCAAUGAGGGGGCACGAGCAGUGGUCCGAGGCGCUUUACUUUGUGUUAAGGAGUUUGUGGAAUUUAUGGAAGCCCUGACAGAAACCCAGUGGAAUGCUUUUUGGCACAGUUGGAGCCGUCCAAACUUUGCAAUCGCCGGCUCAUUCAUGGUACAUGUUUUACAUACUACUGCGCCAUACGAUGCCACACGACGGGCCGAGAUAGAUGCAUCCGGUCUACCUUCAACCUACAUAACUUUUGAAGAAGAAUACGAGGAUCUCAAAGGCUGGAUUCGACGAUGGCGCUGGGCAAAUCGUGUUUCUGUCAAUGGUGCUGCGGGUGUCAAAGGUCUAACCAACCUUGGUCUCAUGAAAGCUGAAACAUUGAUGGAGAAGAUGGAGUCGAGCCAUUUUGCGACUGACUCACAAAGUGGGAAAUCUACUUAG